AUGGAGCAAAUGGGAGGAACUGAAAAGUUCCAGUAUUCAUACAGUCCUCCUAGCACAAUGUAUAGUGAAGUAGAAAACAACAGUUCCUCCAAGUUGUCACCAGAUGGUGUUGCUAGCACAAAGAAGGCAUUGGGUCCCCUUGACAAAAGGACAAACAAUAAAGAUAACUGUUUUCGAUCACGUCUUCUCCAAAUUCGGCCUGCUGAAGAAUUAUGUUUUCAAAUUGAAGAAAAUGUCAAGGAAAUUUUCAGCACCAUCAGCCUAUCCAAUACUCUGAAUAACCCAGUUGCAUACAAGGUAAAAACAACAUCACCAGAAAAGUUUCGAGUUCGUCCAAGUGGAGGUCUGGUGAUGCCUGGUUCGCCUGUUAUUGUUUUUGUACAUAUCCAGCCAGGUUUCGAACACCAUAUUCAUUCUGAUAAGUUCCUUGUCCGUGCCAUAGAAGUGACUGAUGAAAGUAAAGAUGUUACAGAGAUGUGGAAGACGGUUCAUCGGGAAUCUAUUAUGGAACACAGAUUACGUUGUAUAUUAAAUUCCGAACCGGUUCGUUCCAAGCCAACAAGUGACAUCAACAUCUUGACUGAAAAAAUUGAAGCCCUACAGUUAGCCAAUCAACGGAUUGAAAGCCGUAUUCAACAGAUCAUGUUUCUUCAUGUCUUCUUUCUUCUGGUUGUAAUCCUUGCCAUUGCCAGUGACUACUGGCACUCAAGCCCAAGUGGCAAUCUUGACCAAAAGUCAAAGUACUGCACACAGUAA